AUGAAGGGAGCGGCGGAGGAGGCUCCGGUGGUGGCGAAGAGGGCGAAGGUGCGGGCGUUUCUGUCCGUGGCGGGAUGGUUCGUGAGCACGGUGGUGCUGAUCACCAUGAACAAGGUUUUGAUGGGCGAGCACUUCGCGCUGCCCGUGUUCCUCACCUUCCUGCACAUGAUGGUCUCGUUCCUGUGGUGCGAGUUCUCGAUGACGAUGGGAUGGACCGCGCGGGGCGCGAUUAAAUCGAGGGCGGAGGGAUGGAAGGUGUUCUUCCUGUCGCAGGUCAUGGCGCUCAGCGUCCUCCUCGCGGUCGCGUCCUUCAAGUACGUCGACGUCAGCCUGGAGCAGGCGCUCGCGGCGUCGUCGCCGGCGUUCACGGCUGCCAUGGGCGUGGUGAUCCUGAAGAAACGCGAACGCGGCAAGGUGUGGCUCACGCUCCUGCCCGUCGUGGGAGGCGCGAUGAUCAGCGCGGGAGGCGUGCCGGAGGUAUCUUGGUUCGGCGUCACGCUGGUGAUUUUGUCCAACAUCGCCAGAGGCACCAAGUCGUGCAUGCAGGAGCUGCUGCUGGGGAAGGAUGCGCUCGACUCCAUCAACCUGCUGCGGUACAUGGCCGCGUUCUCCUGCCUCACCCUCCUGCCGUUCUCGUUCGUCAUCGAGGGACCGGCGAUCAUCAUGGAGAGGCUGUCGUACGUCAGCAGGGACGGGACCAUCGCCGCCGCGCUCGUCGCCAACUGCACGGGGGCGUUCAUGGUGAACCUGUUCCAGUUCCAGGUGACGGAAAACGUCGGAGCGCUGUCCAUGCAGGUGCUCGGCAACCUGAAGAACGUGUUCACCUCCACGGUGAGCGUCUUCGUGUUCAGGAACGCGGUGACGUCCCUGAGCAUCGUCGGGUACGGUAUCACCAUGGCGGGCGCGUGGUGGUACAACAAAGAGAAGAACAGGGAGAAGGCGGAGGCGGGCAAAGACACGAGCCAGGCGAGCGUCGCCGCGCCGGCGGACCCGGAGGCGGCUCUGGGCAAGUAA